UUUUGCAAAAUAGUAUAAUGAUGCCACGUGUCAUCCAUGUUGGCAGAUAUUUCAUUAGUUGAAAGUUGUUGGAGUAAAUCUCUCUGGAUAAUGUUGAGUGGUUAUUUCCACAACUGCAGCAAGAUUAUUGGUUUAUUGCGAACUUCCAGGAAAAUAAUUGGCAGAAUCAACAGAAUAAUCAGUUUGUUUCAGAUUUCAUGCUGCCGUUGAUUGUCAAGUUGCUGCCACAGAUUUCCAAGCAUGCUGCAAAGGGUGUUUACUGCUAUAAAGAUGCAAAGAAGAAAUGAAGCGAAGAAGACCAGCCUCUCACACAAUUAGCCCAGCGCUAUCUACAUUUUAAUUUUACAAGUAAUGUCUUAGUUUAGAUCCAGUUUCCUCAAAACAACUUUCCUAAUUUAGUCUUUAGCUCUAUGCCGCCAUUAGUUUCAACUCUGAUUUUUGUUAUUUUGUUUUGAACAUCUCCAUUGAUGUAUUUAGGUUCCUGCAAUUCAAUUU